UUCCAAGUUGACGAGGUUGAGUCAAGUCGUUCGCAAAUUUUCAACAAAUUUCUUCAAAAAAAUAAUAUUUAAUAUUGAAGUCUUUCUAAAGAUUUACGGCGAAAUCGAAGUUGUAUAUUGGUGAAAAUGUGCAUUACUUGGUGAUACUUUAAAACAUUCUGACUUCUUGCUAAAGCUCAAUGCAAAAAGUGUAAACAAGAAAAAGUGCAAUGGACAACGUGCCCGGCACCUCGUCCGGGAUGGAACCAGACCCCUCCACCUCGAUGCUGCUGGCACCGGAAGACAUCAAGGAGGAAGUCCCGCUGGACAUUCCACCGGAACGGGUGGUCGUUGCCCCAGAACCACCGCGCUCGGUUCGCGCCAAACCGAUUCGUUCGUUCGGGUGUGAUCGCGGCUGCGGCAAGAGUUUCUUCGCGGAGGCCGCCCUCGUGCGGCAUCAGGCCAGCUGCCGCACCGAGAUCGCGUGCCCCGAGUGUGGCCUGCUGCUGAAAUCGCCCCGGGGGUUGAGGCUGCACAUGGAGAACAGGCACAAGGGUGUUCAACCGUACGAGUGUCGCGUCAAGACCGGAUGUCCGGAAAGGUUUACCAGAAUGCAAGAUCGGCGUGCGCACGAAGUUGUUUGUGGAAAAGGGGCGAAAGUGAAGGAGAGGCGGUGUUCGGUUUGUGAUAAGUCGUUUCCAACCAUGACGAUGCGGGUUGUUCACGAGUCCAAGUGUGGCCUGACCACGCGGUGUCAGAUUUGUGGAAUUACGACGGAAUCCGUCCUAGGCAUGGUUUAUCACAUGAACAAGCACAAAGGGCUUGCGCCGUUUCCGUGCCGCAAGGGAGGUGGGUGUGGUGAAAGGUUUCCCGGUCCCGAAGCUCGUAACUCUCACGAAGCAAAGUGCAACGAGACGGGACAGAGCGUGAGCGAAGAACUUCCGUGUUUGAACUGCGGGGAAAAGUUUGCCAACCAUGCCCACCUCUUGAAACACUUUAAAUUGUGCCAGUUUGAGUUGAAGGUUGAUUCCGGCCAAGCUGAGGCGCUAAAGCAAGAACCAGAGGUUGAAAGCUUGUGCCAAGGAUGUGGCCAGCGGUUUCCAUCUGCCGGGGCACUCGGAAUCCAUCAGAUUCAAUGCAAACUCGCGACGACGUGCACAAUUUGCAGCAAGGAAUUCAAAACCAACCUCGGUUUGACCUAUCAUAUGAACUCGCACUACGGACUGCUUCCGUUCGAGUGUCGCACUACGCCCGGAUGCCCCUUGCGGUUCUCAAAUCCAUACCGGCGCUUACGGCAUGAACAGCAAUGCAAUGCGGAAAUGGGCCCAAUCAACACGGCGGAAGAGCCAUUCCGGUGCGAAACCUGCAAUAAGGUUUUUUCAACAGCCCAGAAGCGAGACUCGCACCUAAUGAUCUGCGGCCUGACGACGACCUGCGCCAUUUGCGGAAACACAACGCGUUCUACCCAAAGCAUGGCUUAUCACAUGAACAUGCAUAGAGGUAUCAAACCGUAUGAGUGCCGCGAGGGCACCGGCUGUGGCCUUCGAUUCUACUCACCCUGGGCUCGCAACACCCACAAAAAAGUGUGCAAGAAGAACAACAAGAAGAUAAUUGAUGUCGAGACUCCAGUCGUCAGUUCGGUGAAGAUGGAAGCGUCCCAGAACCAGACGAACUCAGAAGAUCUUUCUUUGGUGAACAUCAAGCAGGAAGUGGAGCUUGAUGAUGCGCAGAUGGAAACGUCCCAGAACCAGACCAAUGGGGAGGAGCCUUUUUCGGUGCAAAUCAAGCAGGAAGUGGAGCCUGAUGAUGUGCAGAUCGAAGCUCAGACGGAAGCGUCCCAGAAUCAGACGAUCUCGGAGGCGCCUUCUUCGGCGAACAUCAAGCCUGAAAUCGAGCCGGUUGAUGAGCAGAAGGAAGCUCAGAAAUCGGAAGUUAAGCGAUGUACUGGAUGUAACAAGGCCUUUGCGUCCGAGGCCUUCCUUACCGAGCAUCGGAAGUGCUGCGUCGCUUCGAGAGAAUGCUGGAUCUGCGCGAAAAAGUUUGCCACGAGGGAAUCGUUGAAAUUCCACCUCAACAAACACAACGGCGUCAAUCCGUACCAGUGUCGUGUCACGCCCGGUUGCCAGGCCCGGUUCUACAAUUCCAUCAAGCGUAAUUACCACGAGACCGACUGUGCCCGUCUGGGUGGCAGCGAUGAGUCGGGUCAACCGAAGUCACUCGAAUGUCCCAGCUGCAGCAGCAAGUUCGCUUCCACAGUGGCUCUAAGCCAACACCAGGUGAGGUGCAACGUCCCAACGGUUUGCAUAAUCUGCGGCCGCACGAUGGCGUCCUUUACUUCACUGCAAUACCACAUGAACAAACACAAAGGACUCAAGCCCUACCACUGUAGCAACUGUCCCGCCAAGUAUUCCAACCCCGGAGCGCGCAACCAACACGAGCAGCGCUGUCUCCGGAGGAAAAACCCCGCCGGAAAGCUCAAAGCAAACACGCUGACGCUGUGCGAUCGCUGUGGACAGGACUGCCGGACGGUGCGACAGCUUCGAAAGCACCAGAACAACUGCAACGUUAGCAAAACGUGCGGAAUUUGCAAUCGAGUCCUGCACUCGCACAAUGCCCUGCGAGCUCACCUGAACCGACACAACAACGUCAAGCCGUACCAGUGUCGAGAGUCCGUUCAGUGUGGAGCCCGCUUUCAUGCCUCGGGUCAGCGGAACACGCACGAACGGGGCUGCCCAUUCCGAGCCAAAACUAGCGACGGUUCCGGGCAGAUUACGUGUGAGGGUUGUGGGAAAAGCUUCACCAAAGCUGUUCACUUGCAAAGUCAUGAGACGCUUUGUGUUGGCCGGCAGUUCGGCGCUGAUUCGGGGGAGGAUUUGGAAGAGCUUCCGGAAGACACGAACUUGCCAGUGGGGGAACAGGAGUGCGAAUCAAAACCGAUAGAGAACCAUGAAGAUCCUGCACCGGCAACCUGGAGCACUACGAGCUGUGUGGGCUGCGGAGAGGACUUUGCAUCCACGGAACUGAUGCAGAGUCAUAAGCAGAGUUGUGGCACGAAGAAGACCUGCACCGUUUGCAGGAAGUCUGUCGUGAUUGACCACUUCGAGUUUCACAUGAACAGGCAUUCCGGUGUGAACCCGUACAGCUGCCGCGUACGGGACGACUGUCCGGCCGCAUUCCACAAUCCGUGGUUGCGCAACAAGCACGAACGGAUAUGUCGCGGCGGCCCCGAGAAGAAAACGGAUCCCGAGGAUGGCAAGUGUCGCCGCUGCGGCAAAGAGCUGGACCGGCAAACUAUGCUACACGUUUGCGAGGGAUUCCAGAUGGAGCAGGAGGAAAAGGUGAUCAAGUGGAGUUACAUGAAGGAGGUCGAGCCGAGCUCAGUGAAGGUGGAGAGCGUUGAUGUUAAGGUUGAGGAGAAAAAACCUGUAGACGAGGAAGACCUGUUGGAGGUUACGUUUGAACAGCCGGUAGACCUUAGGUUCUUCUGCGAAGCCUGUGGCAAAGAGUUCAACUCGAGCGAACUUCGGAACAAGCACACUUCAAGCUGUGACAAAGCGUUGCCAUAUCAGUGCCGACUGUCGGCCGAGUGUCCGGAGCGGUUUGCGAAUGCCCAGUACCGUCGGAACCACGAAGUCAUCUGUGGCAAAUCGAGGAGACUUGGGGGCAAGUCGGUCAAGGUUGAACUGGUGGCUUGUCGGAACUGCGGAAAAGUGUGCAACGGCAAGCAGUUGCUACGCGUUCACAGAGAACUUUGCGGCCCGGAAGUGGAGCUUCCCGCAGAAUUGAGGUGUACGGUUUGUUCGGAGGUUAGCGAUAGUGUGGAGAAACUGCAGAAGCAUUUGGAUGAGCAUAAUCGAGAGAAACUUCUAAAAUGUCGCGCAUCGGCAAACUGUUUGGAAUCUUUCAAGCAACAAAGAACCAGAAUCGAUCACGAGCUGGAAUGCACCGCCGCAGGUCAGACCAUCUGUUCAAAAUGUUUCAAACUCUUGCCGAACCCCGACUCCCUCGAAGACCACGAAGACUCCUGCCAAGGAGACGAGUUCAUGUGCCGACUUUGCGACGCAACUUACAGCGAUGUCCUCGGCCUGCGGAAGCACCUGCUGAACCACGAAAAUCCCGGCCAGCACGCAAGAUGGUGGGAAAAGCCAACCCGCAAUCCGGUGACGCCGAACCGGCAACGGUACAGCUGUGAAAAUUGUGGCCAGGAAUUCGUCACUCAGGAAGAGCUGCAAAAACAUCCCGCCCUUUGCAAGUUCAUUUACCGCUGCGCCGAGUGUCCGGCGGCCUUUGCGAAGGCGCUUUCGUUAAAAUUUCACGAAAAUAUGCACAGUGGCGCUAAACCGUUCGAGUGUCGCAAGGAGGGCUGUACAAAGGGGUUCGGGAAUCCUUAUCAUCGGCGGGCCCACGAAGAGCUGUGUGGUACCAGCAAGGCGGAGGAACAUCUGAAGAAGGUCGAGCAGGGCGGGACGUCGACUGCGGCGAAGAUGUUUCCCUGUCCGCAUUGUACGGCCACGUUCAAGGCGGUCAACGAGUUGAAGUAUCACGUGAAUGAGCAUAAAGCAAACGAAAUGUUCCCGUGCCGGCAAUCCGACGACUGCCAGGAAACCUUCACCACUCGCGGCUUCCGCCUCAAGCACGAGGCCAUCUGUGGCAAACUGGCCGCGCCCAAGCAGCCCCGCAAGGUGGAACUGAUUGCGUGCAAGGACUGCGGCAAGGUGUUUAGCAAUUUGCAGUAUCUGCGAAUUCACAAGCAAAAGUGCGCCGGAAGUGAGGAGGGACCGCCGUCGAAUCUCAAGUGUACGCUGUGUACGGUUAUCUCGCCGGAUGUGGAAGCACUGCAGGAGCAUCUGGACGGGCACAACCGGGAGAAACCUUUUCAGUGUCGAAUUUCGAAGGCGUGCAGUGAAUCGUACAUUAACGAACGUCAGCGAGGCAAUCACGAGCUGGUGUGUAACGCCGAUGGGCAAGUAAUUUGCCAGCGAUGUUUCAAGCUGUGUCCAUGCUUGGAAACGCUGAAGAGCCACGAGAAAAUCUGCCGAGGGACGGAGUUCCCGUGCAGACUUUGUGAGGUCGUCCUGCGCACUCGGAACUCACAGCUGGUGCACUAUCUUCGGCACGAUAACGAGAAAAAGCAAUCGAACCGAAUGCAUGUCUGUCCCAGCUGUGAUAAGCAGUUCCAUAAGAGGACCAAUUUCCUCUUGCAUUUGAAGGAGCACAACAUCGACCCAAGUGAUUUGAAACUCAAGUGUGAAAUCUGCGCUGCUACGUUCAAAGCGAUGAAAACAAUGGAAAUCCAUAUGAAUUGCCACAAAGGCAUCAAAUCGUACAAGUGUCGCUACCAGGGCUGUGAGGAGGCUUUCUUCCAGUCAGCAGCACGGGAGGUCCACGAGCAGAACUGCACAAAGGUGUCCCUAACGUGCGAUAUCUGCGAACUUAAGCUGGUCUGUAUGCGGGAUUAUCAGCUGCACAUCAGGUCGCACGAUGCGGCGAACAGCUUGGAAGGGAUGUAAUGUAAGGUUAUUGAAUUUGUUUUUUAUUAUGUUUGUGCUUCGUAUUGAAAUUUUGAAAUGUGUUAUGUUUAUUUUAACGUUUGGUUACGUUUGCGAAAAAUCAUUUGUUUAUCGCUGAAAUG